GCGAGUCUUAGCGGACAGUUUUAAUCACCAAGACGCAUGUCCGUAAGGUGUGGGUGAUUUUAAUGUUUCAUUCUUGGUUUCCAGAACGAUCUUCUCAAGUUAUGAAUUAAGACUUACGUGGGGCGGUAAACAUCAUCCGAGACAGCUGAGAUGUCUCUGGAAGAUCUGUGCAAUGUUGUGGAGAGAUGCCAAGCCCAGCCUGAGGAUGGCUACACCCCAGAGGACUAUGACUUGUUCAUGAUAGCAGGUCGCAGUUGUAUUGAAGAAGGGAACAGUGCUCAGGUGCUCAGCAUCGUCCUGGAUGACAAGAGUCAGGACUUGGUGAGGUCGAUCGGUUGGAGUCUGUUCCCUGCUCUGGUUGAGGGUCUGCUCAGGAAGGAAGACAAGGACCAUCCCAACUACCUCGCCAUCUUCAAUCACCUUCUGCAGACCUGCAGACCAAAAGAGCUGCUGAUUGGCUUGCAAGAGCAGCUUGGAGUAGAAGAUGCCCAAACCAAAGUGGAGCGCCUCCUUCUGCUCAUGCAGCCGCUACAGAAAACGCUGCUUCGAUUAGACGCACCGCGGCGAGCGUCCUCCUUGGGUCUGACGUUGUCCUCCAUGAUGGACCAUGUGGCAGAGCUACCUCUACCUGAGACCAAAGAGCAAGAGCAGGAUGACGUCUUCUCUCUUUGUCGCUGCUGCUCUGAGCUGAUGGAGUUUGUCCGGCCUUUUAUCCAAGAGGCCGCCCACAACAACAAGCCCUCGAACAGCACAUACGAGCAGGAAGUCCGAGCAGAACUUCACAUUUUCUUCAUGAGCGCACUGAAACGGAUCGUCUUAGAAGUUCGACUGGAAGAUCCCGAAACGCUUGAACUGUCUCCACUCAGGAGUUUUGCCUCAGAUAUUUUGAAACAUCUGAGUGCCAUCGGAGUGUCCUUGCCUGGCCUGGUGUUCCUGCCGCUCACAAGGAGGAAGAAACUUCCAGACUUCUUAGAAGAAGAGACACGGCAUCCCAAAGAUGCUCUGGCGAGUCUGGCUCACCUGGUUUAUGUUCAUCACAUGGCCACUGACACAUUUCCGUGCGUCUUCAGUCCAGUGUACACUCUACGGGUGAAUUUGGAACACGUCUGCCACCUGUUGUCCAGCACCAACAGUACCAGGAUCCAAAAAGGACUGGAUCUGCUUGAGAAGACUCUGCAGCGGGUGGACGACCACAGUCUGCCUGUUGAGUUGCUGGAAAUCAAAACCUUCCUCACACUUUCUCAGGAGCUGGAAAAGGUCAUGACCUAUUCCCCAGAACAGGAAGUGAGAACUAAAGGGCUGAAAGUCUUCCAGCUGACCAUCGAUAAGUUUGACCAUGAAGCCAAGUACACUUUCUUUAAGCUGGUGCUGAAGACAAGCUCACACUCUGGACUUCAAGGAUAUAUCAUCAAAAAUAUCAAAAAUCAAGUCGACUUUGCGCUACAGCCAGGAAACACCAACAGCUGGUUCGGGGGGGUUCAUCUGCUUCCUCUGCUACGAUUUGUCUUCAUCCUUCCAGACGGCCCAGAGACGGACCUGCUGAAGUUCCUGGACAGAGUGAUGGAGUCUCUGAACCUGCUGCGAUACCUGGUCAUCCGUGACAAAGUGGCCGACAACAAAACAGGUAUCUGGACUGACUUCAGUCAAAUGGAGGAGUCAUUCCUGAAGCCACUGAGAUUUGGACUGAACAUGUCCAGAGCUCACUAUGAGAAGGAGCUCAGCGGGACUAUGGUGGGCAGCCAGGUCAAAGCGGAAAACAUAAAUGUGUCGGUGGGUGACCAGACGUUGCCUCAGAUGACUCCAGACUCUCAGAUGCAGGCUUUGCAUUCGGCCCUGCACAUGUUCGACAUGAUGGAGAGUGUUCUGGUGCGAAUAGAGGAGCUGGUGGAGACGAAGGACCAGAAGUAGGACGGGGGCACUGAGAUGAUGGAGAAAAUAAAUCAUGACACCAACACUGAACAAGGAACCAUGAAGCACUAUAAGACGGGGGCGUUUCAUCAUGAAGGAUACAUUACAGUCAAACAUGAUCUGGUGACUCUUAUAAAAUAAACUGUCUUCAUACUCCUGAAGAGAAAUAAAGUCACUCCAAAAUGAGUCAUUCUGACCCGUUCUGAGCAGACAGCUUGUGAGGACCAUGACAAAAUCCAGCAGGGUAAAAUAUAAAAUCUCUUUUAUUAAAACCAUGAGGGGAAGAAUGUUAAAAACUAGUGAAAUGCACCAAAUAAAAGUUCAAGUUGAGGGAUUCAAGUCUUUAAAGAGGGGGUGCUCUAGUGCCUGAGCUGCUGUGAUCCGGGUACAUGGGUUCAGGUCCAGCAGCUUAUCUAGUAGGUCGUACGCCUCAUCUGGAACUUGAGUCCAACCCUGAUUUUCUUCCUUCAUGUACUGGGAGCUUGAGGUGUUAGUCCUCUCCGAGUGGUGUGAGGACUGCAGUCUGUCAGCUGGGCUGUGGGUGGAGGUCUCGCCUUUGAUGUGGUCACGGGAGGGAAUGGAGUCUCUGCUCCG